AUGGCAAGGCGAAGUUUUCUUAUUUAAAGGGACCGAAGCCGUGGUGGUCCAAGCCACGCCCCCUCGCUUGGCCCAGGCCUGUGAUUGGGUAGGGGCCAUUGCCGUUGACACCUGCAUGAGGGCCUCGUGAGGGGAGCAGGCGCUCACAGGGGGAGGCAGAGAGAGCAACAGAUGGAUCCCUGCGGAGCGAGGACUGGGCUCUCAACAUGGAGAUCUGUGAUAUCAUUAACGAGACUGAAGAAGGGCCCAAAGAUGCCUUCAGAGCCAUAAAGAAGAGGAUUGUAGGGAAUAAAAACUUUCAUGAAGUUAUGCUGGCUUUGACGGUUCUGGAGACAUGUGUUAAAAACUGUGGCCAUCGCUUCCAUGUCUUUGUGGCCAGCCAAGAUUUUGUAGAAGGUGUCCUGGUGAGAACAAUUCUGCCGAAGAACAAUCCUCCUGCCAUUGUGCAUGACAAGGUGCUGACUCUCAUCCAGUCCUGGGCGGAUGCCUUCCGGAGCUCCCCAGACUUGACAGGUGUUGUCACUGUCUAUGAAGACCUGAGACGGAAAGGUCUGGAAUUCCCUAUGACUGACCUGGACAUGCUAUCACCCAUUCACACACCACAGAGGACUGUGUAUAGCUCUGACUCACAGUCUGGACAGAACUCACCUGCAGUCAACUCCUCUCAACGGAUAGAGUCCAUCCUCCAUCCUGUCACGCUGCCCAUGGGGACAGGCACUUCCAGCGAUGUGCCCAUCACACCCACACCAGAGCAGAUUGGGAAACUGCGCAGUGAACUGGAAGUGGUGAAUGGGAACAUGAAAGUGAUGUCAGAGAUGUUGACAGAGCUGGUGCCAGCCCAGGCUGAAACUUCCGACCUGGAACUGUUGCAAGAGCUGAACCGGACAUGCAGAGUCAUGCAACAGCGUGUACUGGAACUGAUUCCCCGUGUCCUCCAUGAGCAGCUCACCGAGGAGCUACUCCUCAUCAAUGACAACCUCAACAAUGUGUUUCUGCGCUACGAAAGGUUUGAGCGUCUUCGGACCGGACAGCCUGUUAAGAUACCAAAUGAGGUAGAGAACACCUUGAUUGAUCUGGGACCGAGUGCUACUUCUGCAGUGAGACAAUCUGAAGCCACCAACAAUCUCUCCUCUCAGCUGGCUGGAAUGAACCUAGGCUCGAGCAGUGUGAGUGCAGGACUACAGUCCCUUGACACCUCUGGGAAGCUGGAAGAAGAAUUUGACAUGUUUGCCUUGACCCGUGGCAGCUCACUGGCUGAGCAGCGUAGAGAGAUGAAGUACGAAGAUCCCCAAGCUUCCAAAGGACUUGCUGGCGCCCUGGAUGCCCGGCAGCAGAACACAGGAGUGGGGGAGCCUGGUGUCUCUAGCGAUGGAGCCCAACUGACUAACUGGAUGAUGCGACAAGGAAUGGUGCCAGUCCCCCAAGCCAAUUUCAUGGAAGACAUAGAGAAGUGGCUCUCCACUGAUGUGGGAGAGUCAGAGGAUGCGAAAGGUGUUACCAGUGAAGAGUUUGACAAGUUUCUGGAAGAGCGAGCAAAAGUUGCAGACCGGCUACCCACUUUGUCCAGCUCCUCAGCAGGGACAUCUGUCUCCCCUCCUGCUGCUAGCCAUCAUCGGAAGCAGGCAAAGGAAGAUGAUACUAUGUUUGCCUUGUGAACACUACAGACUGUUGUGCUGUGGAGUAAGAGGCUAUGUGUGUUGUUUUGCUUGCCUCUGACCAGGGGCCAGCAGGGGAAGGACUCUGUCCCCUUCCUCCACUCUAUUCCUGUUUUUCUUUUGAGUUGUUUUUAUUUUUAAGCUGCUUUCAGAUUCCAGAUAAUCAUUGUUGUGUUUAGGAAUGUCACCCAAUAGACUUGUGAAGGGGGUUUUCAAAGCUGCUAGAGAACAUGGAAGUUCAGUGGGCUUUCUUUUGGUACAAUGUGGACAAAGCAAAAGAAUCUCCCCAUCUCUCUCUCUAGUGAGGUGACCACAAUUCUUGCCCAAGAAAAAGGAGAGAUUGCUGAGAUCUUUCCUGCCUGGCUCUUUCCUAUCCCCUUCCAUAGAAUGGGUCUCCAGCCCACUGCCUAUCACUGUUAGAUUGGAAAGUUUGGGGAUCCGCAACAUUAAAGCUAGCAAAGGAAGAACACUAAUGGUAGUUUGUUCCUGUUACUCUAGUCUCUCUUGCACAAGUACUUGUGGUAUGCAACACCUUCCCACUCACAACCCUUUCUCUUCCUCUUCCUGUCUUCCCCUUCCCCAUCAGUUUAUCCAGAAUUCUACCCACAACCUGUAUAUUUCCAUUACAAGACAGCCAAUUACCUAAUCCCAUGGCUGCACACAGGGCUUGAGCUGUGCAUGGUUCCCAGUCCAUGGGCUGAAGGGGAUGUCUGUUAUGGAGUAGGAUGUGCUUUGAGCAAACUCUUGCAGUUAAUUUAAUUCUUGUGUUGUUAUACUCUCCUCCCCUCUUUUCCCCAUAUGAUUCACUUUUGUAUCUCACUUCCACUGAUGCCUUCCACCAUGUAAUGCCAUGGUGUCAAGGAGUCUUUCUGAGCCUCUGAUCAAGCCAAUGCUAAAGAUUGCUUCAGGGUAGCUGUGUAUGCCAGGGCAGCCAUGGAAGGAAGAGGCCCUUAUGGUAGGCACUAUUAUACCAGUGAGAACAUUCUGUUUCUGGAGUAGUUUGUUCAACUGGUGAGCACAGAGGUGGAUUAAGACAUUAGUCAUCUCAUGCCAGCAGUCCUGAUGCAGCUAGGAGCUCCUCUGCACAUGAAGAGAAAAACCCUUCUAAGCAAGCCGCACAUGCUACCUAAUUUCAAAUGGCAGCAAGGGAGGAGGAUGCCAAGCCUGGGGCUCCUGCUUAUGGUAUUUCUUGCUGAAUGUGGAAGAGUUGCUUUUUUAUUGUGUAUUAAAGGAGCAAACUCUUGUACCUCC